AUGCUGUGCGUGUCUCUCCAUUUUGACCGCUUCGGGCGGCUGCCAUUCCCGCCCCUGCCUCCCGCCCGCGCGCCCCGGCAGUUCCGCAGCAUGGGGUACAGGGUGGUAGACUGGAUAGCAGACUACUACAAGAACCGCCUGGAGUCGCUGCCGGUCAAGCCGGACGUGCAGCCCGGGUACCUGCGUCCGCUGCUGCCCGAGCACGCCCCCGAGGAGCCAGAGUCAUUCGAUGAUGUCAUGGCGGAUAUCGAGGCCAAGGUCAUGCCGGGGGUUGUGCACUGGCAGAGCCCGAGCUUCUUCGCAUGGUACCCUUCGGCCACCUCGUUCCCUGCCAUCCUCGGGGAGAUGCUCAUAGGAGCCAUCAACGGCAUCGGCUUCAGCUGGCAGAGCUCACCCGUCGCAACAGAGCUCGAGAUGGUCACCAUGGACUGGCUGGCCCAGCUCUGCGGACUGCCCCAGAAGUUCCUUUUCUCUCGAGCCGCCUCGGGCCCCGAAGGCGUAGCCGCCGCGGCAGGCGCCGCGCCCCGCUCAGACAUGGCCGGCGCGACCGCGGACGCGUGCGCGGCGGCGACGGGGUCUGGGGGCGGCGUUAUCCAGGGGACGAGCAGCGAGGGCGUGUUGGUCGCGAUGCUGGCGGCGCGGGCGCGCGCGAUGAGGGGGCGGCCGCCGGAGGACGCCGUCCGGCUGGUGGCGUACGGCUCGGACCAGCUGGGGCUUCGGCCGCCUGCCUUGGCGCUCGAGCUCACCCAAGGCCCUGGUAAUCAGCAGCGCCACCCAGUGUAA